AUGAGUGACGUCGUCCCCGAUCAUCUUCUCGUUGAAGCUCGCGAAAUGCGGAAUGAAGAUGAGCUUAGACGGUUGGAAGCCAAAGCAAACAAUCUACUACGAUUACAUCGAUCUUUCGGAAAACGAGUUCUCAGGGAGUCCGGCAAGGUUCUUGAAGGAGGAACAACAACUCUGAGAGUUCCUGGCGCCGGGGAACAAACUCCGAUUCGAUAUGGGGAAGCUGGAAUUCUCGACGAUGCUCCAAAAUCUGGAUUUGUCAAGGAACUUACUAUUCGGGAAAGUGCCGUCGAUAGUGGCCGGAUUGCAGGCACUAAACUUGAGUCAAAACCAUCUUUGCGGUAA